AAAAAAUUUUUGUUUCAUUUAGAGAAAAAGUUAAAAGGAUACAAAUAAUAACAAUAGCCAAUUUUUUGAAAUUUUAGAGCUUGCUUUUGAAAAGCUUCUUUAGCUUUGCUUUAUCAAUAGUUUCUAACUAUUUAAAUGCCCUUUGGUGGUAGUGUUGUGUUAUAUAACGAAAUUUCUUAAAAAAUGCAACGAAAAACUACGAAUCAACCGUGGCUGCAACAGCAGCAGCAGCAGCAGCAGCAGCAGCAGCAACAACAACAACAACAACAACAACAAAUGCAAGAACAACAAAUUCAACAACAAUUUCAAGCAACACAACAACAAUUUUCCACGAUGCAACAUCAAGAAAUGCAUCAACAACAAAGGAUUAGCCGCACAGAACAUCAUGUACAAAGGAGUCAAGUUACCACUCAGCAAAGAGUUGAACAACAUGGCGGCAUGACCUACAUCCAGCCAGCCUUAACACAUAUCUACGCUCAAGGCGAUAUUUCACCGCCCGUAUUUGAGCAAAUCUUUAAGAAUGCUCGAUUCGCUCAAGGCGGCAAUGCCCUAUUUGAAGGCAAACUUCGUGGCAAUCCAAGGCCAUUCGUUACUUGGACUCGAAAAGGCGCACCACUUCUCGAAUCUCAAAAGUUUCGCAUGAGCUAUAAUGAGGCCACCGGUGAGGUAUCGCUACUGAUAAAUCAAAUUGGACCCGGCGAUGAAGGAGAAUACACUUGCACUGCUCGCAAUCAAUAUGGCGAAGCGAUUUGCAGUGUUUACAUUCAACCAGAAGGCUCACAAAUGCCUGCCAUCCAGCCAGUUCAGAGAUUAGAUAAAAACGUUUAUACGAAUGGUUAUUCGUUUACUUCGAUCGAAGAAGAAUUUCGUGUAGACACUUUUGAAUAUAGGUUGUUACGUGAAGUGUCCUUCAGGGAAGCUAUUACACGUCGUGCGACCUACGAGCAAGAUUAUUAUCUCAGCCAAGAACUUGAUCAUUCUAUGGGUCCUGCUCAAGCACCACAAAUUGCACAGAAACCACGUAACUCAAAGUUAGUUGAAGGUUCCGACGCAAUUUUCUCUGCAAAAGUCGGUUCAAACCCAAAACCCCGCUUGACUUGGUUCCAUAACGGUCAGCGUCUUUUAACCUCUAAUAAAUAUGAAAUUUCAUAUUCAAGUGGCAUAGCUACAUUACGCGUAAAGAAAGCUACGCAUAAAGAUGCCGGUCAUUAUACUCUACUCGUCGAAAAUACUCAGGGCUGUGUUGUGUCUUCAGCUGUGUUGGCGGUGGAGCCUGCUGCAGAAACGGCUCAUGAACCAAAACAAGUUGAUGCAAUGGCUGAACAACUAGAGGCUGGCAAAGCGUUGCCUCCCACUUUUAUUAAAACCUAUGGCGAUCGGGAGAUCACCGAAGGCCGAAUGACUCGUUUUGAUUGUCGCGUUACAGGCAAUCCUUACCCUGAAGUCUAUUGGUUUAUAAAUGGUCGUCAGAUCAACGACGAUGCAUCUCAUAAAAUUCUUGUCAAUGAAUCUGGCAGCCACUCACUAAUGAUUACCAAUGUAAGUCGUCUAGAUGCCGGAGCUGUACAAUGUUUGGCACGUAACAAAGCUGGUGAGAUCACCAUCGAAGCUCAGUUAAGUGUGCUAGAGAAGGAACAAGUUGUCGCACCAAAAUUUGUUCAACGCUUCAGCACAAUGACUGUACGCGAAGGUGAACCCAUCACUAUGAGUGCCAAUGCUAUUGGUACACCGAUGCCCCGCAUCACCUGGCAAAAAGAUGGUGUACAAAUAUCUUCAACGGCUGAUCGCUUCAUUGGCAUUGAUGGAGGCGCAACCUGUUUGGAAAUUCCACGGGCCAAAGCCUUCGACGCUGGCUGGUACCAAUGUACUGCGCAAAAUAUUGCCGGAUCAACUGCCAAUCGGGCUAGACUCUAUGUAGAAGUACCUAGAGAACAACCACCAGUUGAACAAAAACGUCUUAACUUGCCCAGACCUACUAGGAUUAUAGAACCGGAACCUCAACCCGGGCCAGAAAUUAUAUAUUUGCGUCAUGUUGAACGUGCCAAGCCACAUUUACGUCCAGGAGAAGAAGAACGUGUCUACCCACCUCCACAAUUUAUUAUACCGCUACAAAAUGUUCAACAAGUUGAAGGUGGCAAAGUUCACAUGGAAGCUCGCAUUGAACCUGUUGGUGAUCCAAGUAUGAUUGUUGAAUGGUUUUUUAAUGGUCAUCCUCUAGCAGCAAGUGCUCGUGCUACUUCUGUUUUUAAAUUCGGUUUUAUUGCUUUGGAUUUGUUGAGUAUAGUAGAUCACGAUGCCGGUGAAUAUUUAUGCCGCGUUACCAACGCUACUGGAAUGGCUGAGUCGCGUUCCACACUUGCAGUAACUCAACGUCCGUCCAUUGAGCAAACGUCGCAGCAUCCAAGCAGUUUGCAAUAUAUUAGUCAUUUGGAAGAUUAUUCUCGUUAUCAACGCCACGAAAGCAUUGAAGAGCUUACAAAUCAACCGCCUGUCUUUAUUCGGCCACUGCUUCAGGACAUGGGUGAAUUUGAGGAAGGAAAAAAUGCCCAUUUUGAAGCUCAACUUACUCCUGUUAAUGAUCCCAAGAUGCGGGUUGAAUGGUAUAAAGAUGGUCGUCCAAUAACUGCUAGUUCUCGCAUUACGGCUAUUUUCAAUUUUGGCUAUGUCUCGUUAAAUAUAAUGCACUUACGCUCUGAAGACGCUGGCACUUAUACUGUGCGUGCUGUUAAUCGCGCUGGUGAGGCAGUUAGCUCUUCAACAAUUCGCGUGCAUUCAAGAUCUCAAGUAACGACUGAGCUAGGUAUUCCCGAGCAACAACGUUAUAUAGAAAAAGUUGAAGAAUUGGAAGACUAUCGAAAAGCUCAGCAGCGGCGGCACAUCCAAGAAGUUCCUGAGCCAAUAGCUCCGCCCCAGUUUAAAUCCCAAAUACAACAUCAACUUGAUACGCAUGAAGGCGGUCAUGCUCAUUUUGAAGCUCGGUUAGAGCCCACAGGAGAUGCCACUAUGCAAGUUGAAUGGUAUAAAGAUGGUCAGCCUCUAGAAGCAAGUUCCCGUAGCACCACGUUCUUUAACUUUGGAUACGUGGCUCUGACCAUUAAACAACUAACGAUUUACGAUGCUGGCAUCUAUACUUGCCGAGCUUAUAAUUCUAUGGGAGAAGAUGCCACCACUGCGCAACUGACAGUCAUCUCGAAAAAAGAAAUCGUUUCCGACUCUCAGCAUCCGGACGGAUUACAAAAAAUACAGAAUUUGGAGGAUUCCUCACGUUAUGUUCGCUCGGAGGAGGAAGAAACUAAUAUAACUCAAAUGCCACGCUUUUUAGGGCCUAUGAAAUGCACUAACAAAAUUUUGGAAGGCCAACGAGCCCAUUUUGAGGCACGCGUCGAGCCUCAAAGUGACUUAAGCUUGAAAAUCGAAUGGUACCAUAAUGGACGUGCAAUAACCGCUGCUAAUCGCAUACAAACCUAUUACGAUUUUGGUUACGUAGCUUUAGAUAUAUCCCAAGUUCGCGCGGAAGAUGCAGGUGUCUAUACAGUUGUCGCCAGAAACAAACUAGGUGAAGCUCAGUUACAAGGAACUAUGGUAGUAGAAACUCGUUCCAGCAUUGACACAUCUAGUAUGCAUCGUGGUCUCUACGAGAAGACGCAGCACUUGGAAUCCAAACAAUUUGUGGAACCUCAAUAUGACAUUGAAGAAAUUUCUAAAUCAAAGCCCAUAUUUGUUCAACCCCUUUCGGAUCCCAAACCAAUCCACGAAGGCAAAAACAUCCAUCUAGAAUGCCGUUUAGAACCAAUGGGAGAUCCAACUAUGCGCGUAGAGUGGUUCCAUAAUGGUCACCCUAUAACUGUUGGUUCACGUUUCCGUACUUACUAUGACUUUGGUUUUGUGGCUUUAGAUAUUGUUCAAGCUACAGCAGUCGAUUCUGGUGAAUACACGUGCCGUGCAACUAAUCAUUUGGGUUCUGCUCAUACGUCGGCAUGUGUGCGCGUUAUUGAUCGCUCGGAUAUUGUUACCGAAACGCAAAAUGAAAUGUCCUUGGAACAAAUUCAGCAGCUAGAAGAUGCUUCACGUCGCCGUCAGCACAUUGAAGAAGACAUUACAAUUAUGCAAGCUCCACAGUUUACCCGUCCAUUGCAUAAUAUUGAAACUAUGGAGGGCACCAACGUACAUUUGGAAUGUCGCUUGCAACCAGUAGGAGAUCCAACGAUGCGUGUUGAAUGGUUUGUAAAUGGUCAACCAGUUAAAACCGGACAUCGCUUUCGUCCAGCCUAUGAAUUCGAUUACGUAGCUCUUGAUUUAUUAGGAUGCUAUGCUGUCGAUUCUGGUGUUUACACCUGCCAAGCUCGAAAUCAAUUGGGUGAAGCCGUAACCUCAUGUGCUGUGCGUAUCAUCGCCAAAAAUGAUUUAAUUUUAGAAACUCAAAAUGAAUCCGGGCUACAAAAAAUUGCGUAUCUUGAAGAUUCUUCACGUUAUCGCCGAAACGAGUAUGUUGACGAAAUCGUUAACAUUCGUCCUCGUUUUCUCACACAUCCAAAAAGUUUAACUAACAUGCGUGAAGGCGGACAUGCUCACUUUGAAUGUAAAAUAGAACCUGUUACGGACCCUAAUCUUAAAGUUGAGUGGUUCAAAAAUGGUCGUCCCAUCACCAUUGGACAUCGUUUCCGUCCCAUUCACGACUUUGGUUAUGUAGCACUCGACAUUGUUGAUCUGAUUGCUGAAGAUUCUGGAGUUUAUACUUGCCGUGCCGUAAACUUGAUUGGAUCUGAUGAAACACAAGUUGAAUUAAUAUGUCGUAGUUCAGAACAAAUUGUGACAAUUACUCAAAAUGAGGCCGGCCUAGAGCAAAUUCAUUACUUAGAGGAUCGUUCCCGCUAUUCCCGUCGUGAGGAAGUAGAUGAAACAACUAAACAAGCACCAGUUUUUACUACUUCCCUGAAGAAUAUUGAAAUUAAAGAAAAUCAACGUGCUCAUUUUGAAUGUCGUCUAAUCCCAGUUUCGGACCCAACAAUGCGUGUGGAAUGGUAUCACAAUAAUAUGCCUCUAAAAUCAGGUUCACGCUUCACUGAAACCAAUAACUUUGGUUUUGUCGCAUUAGACAUUAUGUCUUGCCUGCCGGAAGAUGCUGGCAGUUAUACGUGCCGUGCCUACAAUGCUGUAGGAGAGGCAAUUACUUCAGCCGUGGCUGUUGUUCACACUAAAAAAUCUAUUUAUUCAGAAUCUCAACAUGAGAGUGCCUUGCCUCGUUUACAACAUUUGGAAGAUUCAACAGCGAAACGGCAACGUAUGAGUGUUCAGGAAGAACUUAUAACUCAAGCUCCUGUGUUUACGAUGCCAGUUCGCGAUUCUCGUGUGGCAGAAGGUCAAGCAGUACAUUUUGAAGCUCGUUUAAUUCCUGUUGGCGAUCCUAACUUGAAGGUUGAAUGGUUAAGAAAUGGGCAACCUCUUGAAGCUUCUAAUCGCAUAACCACGAUGCAUGACUUUGGCUAUGUGGCCUUAAAUAUGAAAUAUGUGAAUCCUGAAGACUCAGGCACUUACACUUGUCGUGCUAUAAACGAACUUGGUCAAGCUGUCACUUCUGCCUCUCUUAUUGUUCAGUCAAAAACGGCCAUUCAAAUGGAAACACAACACGAAGCUGCUAUGCAUAAAAUUCACCAAUUAGAGGAUCACACCCGUUAUCAACGAUAUGAAGAAGAAGAUUACGUGGUUACGCAACCACCACGUUUUGUGACCAAAUUGAUUGGCCCUACUAACUUAGUGGAAGGGCAAAGCGCUCACUACGAAUGCCGCAUCGAACCAUAUCCGGACCCUAACUUAAAAGUUGAAUGGUUUCAUAAUGGCAAACCAUUGAGUACAGGGCACCGUUUUCGUACCACUUACGAUUUCGGAUUUUCUGCUCUUGACAUUCUGACCGUCUAUUCUGAGGACAGCGGUGAAUACACAUGCCGCGUUACUAACAAUUUAGGUGAAGCCGUGAAUGCGAUAUGCUUAAACGUCCAGACUAGGUCGUCGAUUAUUCGAGAAACUCAACACGAAGAAGCUCUGCAAAAAAUUCAAUAUCUGGAAGAUGGAUCACGCUUCCAACGUAAGAUAGAAGAAGAGCAAUUUAUGGCUGAACGACCGCAAUUCGGAAGACCAUUACGUAAUGCCAACGUUAAUGAAGGUGUUCUAGUCCAUUUAGAAGCUACUCUCACUCCAGUUAAUGACCCAACAAUGAAAGUUGAAUGGUUCUGCAAUGGUAGGCCAAUACAGACAGGGCAUCGUUUUAAAACUACCUAUGAUUUUGGAUUUGUUGCUUUGGAUAUCUUAUACGCUCAUGCCGAAGAUACGGGAACUUAUAUGUGUAAGGCAAAGAAUGCUGUAGGGGAAGCAGUUACGACUUGUGCUGUAAACGUCACAGCAAACAAAACUUUGGAUCUCGACACACUUGAUGCUCAGCGCUUAGAAAAAAUUCGGCAACUUGAAACUCAUGCCCCUCCCCCUAAAAAAGAAAUUGAAGAAAAAACCCAAAAACCAAUUUUCUUAACACCUUUAAGCAACUUGGAGCAUCUUAAAGAAGGUGAACACGCUCAUUUAGAGUGCCGCGUGGAGCCUAUAAAUGACCCUAACUUGAAAAUAGAGUGGUUUUGCAACGGUAAACAAUUACCGCUCGGUCAUCGCUAUAGAACAACUCACGAUUUCGGUUAUGUAGCCUUGGAUAUUUUGUACGUCUACGGCGAGGAUACUGGCACAUAUAUGUGCAAGGCUACUAAUUUACUCGGGGAAGCUGUUAAUACCUGCAAUGUACGUGUUUUAAACCGUCGCAGUAUGAUUUUGGACACACAGCAUCCUGAUGCUUUGGAGAAAAUUCAAAAACUUGAAGCCAAAGUAAUUACUACUCGUACUGAAGUUGGUGAAGCACCAGUUAGCCCGCCGCACUUUACCACUGAAUUACGUGGCACGACCGAAAUCUAUGAAGGCCAGACUGCUCACUUUGAAGCCCAAGUACAACCAAUGCAUGAUCCUAAUCUAAGGAUUGAAUUCUAUCACGGCGGUAAACCUUUGCCUUCAGCCGCUCGAUUCCAUAUUACAUUUGAUUUCGGCUAUGUCGCUUUGGAUAUAACUCACGCAGUGCCUGAAGAUGCUGGUGAAUAUUCAGUGCGCGCAGUCAACGCACUCGGCCAAUGUGUAUCGGCCACCAGCUUGAGAGUUGUCGCUAGGGGUACUAUUAUUUCAGAUACCCAACAUCCUGAAGGGUUGGAGAAAAUUCGAAAGUUGGAAGCCAAUGCUCCAUUCCAAAGACCCGAAAUAGAAUCUCCUGGCACAAAACAACGCCCGGUCUUCACGCAACCAUUACAAAACAUAGAUCGCAUCAAUGAACACCAGACCGCUCACUUCGAAUGCCGUCUAAUUCCCGUGGGCGAUCCUAAUCUUAAAGUUGAAUGGUAUCGAAAUGAAAAACUUAUUGAAGAUAGUUCUCGUAUUACAAAGCAACAUGAUUUUGGAUAUGUCUCCCUAGACAUUUCUCACAUUCGUAAAGAAGAUGAAGGUGUAUAUAUGUGCCGUGCUGUCAAUCCUCUUGGUGAAGCUGUUACUACAGCUUCUAUGCGCGUAGUUUCAGAGGCGAGCAUCCAAUUGGAUACGCAACAUCCGGACAGUAUUAGUCGCAUUCAUCAGUUAGAACGACCAGCAGCUCCGCGUCCUGAGGAGCCGGAACGCGCAUUUGAAAAACCAAUAUUUACUCAACUACUUACUGGUCCUUCGGAGUUAUGGGAAGGACAACAUGGUCACUUUGAAGCCCGCGUUGUUCCGGUUGGUGAUCCAUCACUAAAGUUUGAGUGGUACAUUAACGGAGUUGAAUUAAAGAUGGGCUCACGCUUGAGGACUACAAAUGAUUUCGGUUUUGUUACUCUUGAUAUCAGCUCCGUUGUUCCUGAAGAUUCCGGCGUUUACAUGUGCCGCGCUUAUAAUGCGGCUGGCGAAGCUGUGUCUUCAACUGCUAUGAAAGUCAAAUCCAAGUCAAAUAUUGUUGGUGAGCCGUUAAUUCCUGAGUCCUGGGAAGCAAUUAGACUUAAAGAAGCUGCAAUGAAUCGUGUCCCCGAAAUGUUUGUUGAUUCAACUCCACAACAAGCUCCUGUAUUUACAACUCACUUGCAGAGCUACGAUAAGCUUAAUGAAGGUCAACAUGUUCUUUUGGAAGCUCAAGUUGAACCGCGGGCCGAUCCUAAUUUGCGCAUUGAAUGGUUUAAAAAUGGAAUUUCUUUGACCACAGGCUCUCGCAUACGCAGCACUUUCGACUUUGGCUUAGUUACUCUUUCCAUUAAUGGUUUGCGCGCCGAUGAUUCGGCCAUUUACACUUGCAAGGCAACCAACUUAAUGGGUGAAGCGGUAUCCACUUGUUCACUUAAGAUCGAAGACCGUCAUUGGUUGCAAGCAGAAUCUUUGCAUCCUGACUCUUUGUCGCGUAUUGGGGAACUUGAGGCUCCCAAACCCGGCCGUCCGGAAGCUCCAGAGCCAGCUUAUGAAAUACCUGUGUAUAUUACGCAUCUAAACAACAUUGAAUGCAAAGAGGGUGAUAAUGUUCGGUUCGAAUGCAACGUUGAACCUUCUCGUGAUCCAACAAUGAAAAUUGAAUGGUUUUAUAAUGGUCAGCCCUUGCAGGCAGCUGCUAAAUUCAAAUCCAUAUACGACUUUGGUUACUGUGCUUUAGACAUGUCUAACACUUACGCUGAAAACAGCGGUAUUUAUACUUGCAAAGCAAUCAAUAGCAAAGGUUCAGCGACUACAUCAGGUACAUUGAAAUGUACUAGCGGAAAAACCAUGUUCCUAGAUACCCAGCACCCUCAAGGUGAAGCUGGUUUAGAAGCUGUACAAGAAACCGAAGAUGCUUUAGCAAACCGCUAUCAACGUCAAGUUUCUAAGCCCGAAACUCAAUAUCCAGCUCCUGUAUGGACCAAACCUUUGCAAGCCGAAUUUCGUUUGAACGAAGGUGAACCUUUGCAUUUGGAAGGUAAUGUAGAGCCAAAAGAAGAUCCAAAUCUCUUUAUUGAGUGGUAUUUCAACGGUAAAUUACUCCAACAUGGAUCCCGAUUCAAAAUGACAAGCGAAUUUGGUUUUGUCACAAUGGAUGUCACUGAAAUAUACACUCGAGAUCAAGGUAUCUACACAUGCAAAGCUUACAACAAAGCUGGUGAAGCUUUCACAACAACCACCAUAUUUUGCACUAGCAAAGAAAGUAUAAUUGAAAAGACUCAGCAUCCCAAAGGAGCUGAAGGACUUGAGCAAAUACAAGAUUUAGAAGAGUCCUUGCGUAAAGAUGGUGCCAAACCUGAACAACCAGAGGAAGGUAUACCUCCUCGUUUCACUACUGAAUUCACUAAUAUUUCCGAUAUUGGUGAAGGCGAAAUCGCUCAUUAUGAGGCCAAUCUCAUACCUACAGGCGAUCAAACUAUGGUCAUAGAAUGGUUCUUCAAUGGUAAGGUACUCGAGGCUAGCCAUCGUGUACGGACAAUUUAUGCGUUUGGUAUGGUUGCCUUAGAAAUUUUGGGAACAAAGAUUGAGGAUUCUGGCACAUAUACUUGCCGCGCUACAAAUAAAUAUGGAUCGGCUGAGAUUAACUGUACCUUGGAAUGUGUAGAAAAGCCACGUGGUCAAAAGCCACAUUUCACAACUCACAUCCAAUCUUUAGAAGGCCUUAAAGACGGACAGUCCGCUCACUUCGAAUGCACACUUAUUCCAGUCAACGAUCCCGACCUUAAAGUUGAGUGGUACCACAAUGGAAAACUUAUGCGUCAUUCGAAUCGCAUUAAGACUGUGUCGGACUUUGGCUUUGUUGUGCUUGAUAUAUCUUACCUGCAAGAUCAUGACAGUGGAGAGUAUGUUUGUCGGGCAUACAACAAAUACGGCGAAGAUUUUACCAAAGCCACUCUUAACUGCCGAGGACGGGGUGGUGUAUUUUAUGAUACUUUGCAACCGGAUUCUUUGCAAAGGAUCAGAGAACUUGAAUGUCCGCAAGGACAGCCAAUGGAUGCCACUCCUAUACUAGCAGAGCCACCUAAAUUUAUAACUCAGAUUAAAGACAUUACAAAGUUGGUUGAAGGCCAAAGCGCUCACUUUGAAGCUCGUCUCACACCGGUAGCUGAUCCUGACCUUAAGGUCGAAUGGUACUUUAAUGGUAAAAAAUUGCCUCAUGGACAUCGCUUUCGCACCUUCCAUGAUUUCGGCAUUGUUAUUUUGGAUAUCUUAUAUUGUUAUGAAGAGAAUUCCGGCGUGUAUGAAUGCCGAGCUGUUAACAAAUACGGUGAAGAUGUUACAACUGCAACUUUGAAAUGUACUUCGAAAACAAGUUUAAUUCUAGAAUCCCAAUUGCCACGUGGUAUGGAAGGUGGUUUGGAGAAAAUAGCUAAUCUCGAAUAUAGUAUGAUUCGUACACGCGAUGAAACUGUAGAAGAAACUAAAGGCAAAGCUCCGAUGUUCACAGUACCGCUAGAGAAUCUUGACAACUUGCGUGAAGGUGAAAACGCUCAUUUUGAAGCCCGUGUUACUCCAACUGAUGAUCCAAGACUUCGUGUUGAAUGGUACUGGAAUGGACGUCCACUAAAAGCUGGUUCACGAUUUCGAACCUUCUGUGAUUUUGGUUUUGUUAUAUUAGAAAUUUCUCCCGUUUACCCAGAAGAUUCAGGUGAAUACUCGUGUCGCGCUAUCAACGAAUACGGCGAAGCUGUAACAACAGCUACCAUGAAAAUUCAAGGAAAACGCAGCAUCAUAAUGGAAUCCCAACUGCCCAAAGGUAUGGAAGGCACAAUUGACCGUAUCGCUGAGCUAGAAGGUCUAGGUGUGCGAAGCACAGAGUUUACUCCUGAAGACGAAACCGGAAAGCCCCCAGAAUUCAUUACUACGCCAUUUGACAUGAUCAUUAAUGAAAAUUCACUAGCUCAUUUUGAAUGCCGCUUACAGCCCAUUAAUGAUCCCAGUAUGCGCGUUGAGUGGUUCCACAAUGGCAAAGCAUUGUGGGCUGGCUCUCGCAUCAAAACAAUCAAUGACUUUGGAUUCGUAAUUCUGGAAAUUGCUGGUUGUUACCAACGUGAUUCUGGUCUUUACACUUGCAAGGCUACGAAUAAGCACGGUGAAGCAACGGUUUCUUGCAAAUUGCAAGUUAAAGGGCGCCAAGGCAUUAUCAUGGAGCCUCAAUUGCCUUGCAACUUUCGUACGGGCACCGAAAGUUUACAAAAGUUGGAAGAAAAUAUGCAUAAACGGGAAGAGAUCAUCGUCGAUGAAGAACAGCCCAAUCCGCCUAAAUUUACUGAGCAAAUCAAAGACAAUCUCGAUGUACCCGAAGGUGGUCCAAUACAUUUCGACUGUCGUGUAGAACCUGUAGGAGAUCCAACUAUGCGAAUCGAAUGGUUCUACAACGGACGUCCUUUGCCAACGGGUUCGCGUGUACAUCAGCUAAAUGACUUUGGAUUUAUUGCUCUCGACAUUGAUUACGUGUAUUCACGCGACUCCGGCGAGUAUACUUGUCGAGCUACAAAUAAAUGGGGUGUAGCUACCACUACCGCUAAGGUUACUUGCAAAGGUAAACAUGGUAUUGUGUACGACUCCCAAUUGCCCGAAGGCAUAUCGGCUGAGAAACUUAAAGAAUUGGAACGCGGGCGUAUACCAGAGACGCCCAUAAUAGAGGAGACGGUGUACGGACCGCCGUAUUUUGUUACCGAAAUAGCAUCGGUAACUGCGGAAGAGGCUGAAGCGGUUCGCUUCGAGUGCCAAGUAGAACCAAAGACCGACCCCAACUUACGUGUGGAAUGGUAUCGCAACGGUAAACUUUUACCGUCUGGUCACAGAUAUAAAAAUAUUUUCGAUAUGGGUUUUGUCUCCCUCGACAUCCUAUACGUGUAUGCCGAAGAUUCUGGUGAAUAUGUAUGCCGUGCUUAUAAUAAGCACGGCGAAGCACGCACCAAAGCAACCAUCUCUUGUAAACAAUUACCUUCAAUUAUUUUACAAAAUCAAUUACCACGGGGUAUGAAACGUUCCGAGACUCUAACACAAAUGGAAGCUACUAUUAAGAAAUAUACAUCUGAAAUUCAUUUAACCGAAGAUGACCUCUUCGAUCCUGAUCGCAAACAACCUCCACGUUUUGUUACACAAAUAAAAGAGCAGCUAAAACUAAGCGAAAUGCAAUCCACGAAAUUCGAAUGUCAGCUAGCUCCGGUCGGUGACCCAAAUAUGAAAGUGGAAUGGUUCUUUAAUGGCAAACCAUUGCUGCACAAAAAUCGUUUCCAACCUAUAUAUGACUUUGGUUAUGUAGCUAUGAACUUUGGUUGGGUUUAUCCAGAAGAUAGUGGGGAAUAUGUGUGCCGUGCUACUAAUCUGUAUGGCAUGGAUGAGACUAAAGCUACUAUAAAAGUGUCUGGAAAACCUGGUAUUGUUUACGAUUCUCAAUUACCAGCUCAUAUGCACAGUAUUGAGCGCAUACGUGAAAUGGAAGCUUCUUGGCAAGUUGUACCGGAAGAAGUGGACCCCGAUGCUAGGCCGCGCUCGAAGCCGGUAUUCGUUAGCAAACUAGAAGCUCAAACUGUGGAAGAAGGUGAGCCUGCCAGAUUUUGCGUACGUGUUACCGGUUACCCACGCCCUAGAGUUAUGUGGCUUAUUAAUGGUCACACUGUAGUCCAUGGUUCGCGUUACAAAUUGACAAAUGAUGGAAUGUUUCAUUUGGACAUACCUAAAACUCGUCAAUACGAUACUGGUAAAGUUGAAGUAAUUGCCCGCAAUUCAGUAGGAGAGUCUAUCGCAUCUACUGAACUUAAAGUAGUGGCUCGCUCUGACGAUUACCGCGGUGUUUUAAAGAACUCACCACGGCCUUGGUAUGACUAUGAACUUACUGCUUACCAAAAAGAACGUCAAGAAACUGAAUUGGAAAAGAUAUUCGAUGAGCGUAAACAAUAUUUAGCCGAUCAAAAAAUUGGUCCUUUGAAAGGAGUCGAACAUUUGAAGCCGAAACAAAUUAAACCGGAAUGUCCUGACUGGCAACAGUCGGUGUUAAAGAAGAAAAAUGAGGAUUAUUAUUCCAAACUGCAAGAACUGGAAACUGAACAAUUACUUAAGGAGAGUAAUUUACGUAAGGACAACCAUCAAUAUGCCAUACCCGGUGAAAAAAUUGUUAGUGGUACAACUACCAAAGGCAUGGCGAAAUCCUAUGAAGAAAAUCUGGAAGACUCCGAGUCCACAGCUCUUACUACCAAAAAGGUUAUACACAAACCUCCCAUUGAGCCUUCAGAAUCGUCUGUUCACGGCCGUGAGGUUCACAUGAGUAAGCAGAAACAAACACAAAAGGAAGUGGUCGGUGAUUUGGAAAUUACUCGGAAAAUUACUGCUACCGAAACUACCGAGAUGGAACAUAAGGGUACCGUGCAAGAGCGCGUUGUAAAGGGACCUGUGCAACCGUCCAAACCACCCAUUUUUACCAAGAAAAUACAACCUUGCCGUGUAUUCGAAAACGAACAAGCCAAAUUUGAGGUCGAGUUCGAUGGUGAACCAAUGCCUACCGUGAAAUGGUACCGCGAAAAUUUCCCAAUCAAGAGUUCACCCGAUCUGCAAAUUCACACUUUUAGCGGUAAAUCCGUCUUGAUUAUACGACAGGUGUUUGUCGAAGAUUCAGCUGUAUUCUCCUGCAUAGCGGAAAAUCGAGGUGGUACCGCUAAAUGCAGUGCUAAUUUAGUAGUUGAAGAACGGCGACGCGCUGGUAAAGGUGGCAUUACUCCACCUAGCUUUGUUACAACCAUACAAAGUACUACAGUGACUACAGGACAGUUGGCCCGCUUUGACGCUAGAGUUACCGGUAGCCGUCCAAUUGACGUUUAUUGGCUUAAGAAUGGCUUGAAAAUUAAACCGAGCAUCAAAUUUAAAAUGCUUGAGGAAGACAGUGUACAAACGCUUUUAAUAAUUGAACCAUCUAUAGAAGAUUCAGGGCGUUAUGAAUGCGUAGCGGUUAAUUCAGCCGGUGAGGCACGAUGCGACGCUGACUGCAUUGUUCAAAGUGCCACCAAACAACCAAGCGAUAAACCGACUCCCACCGCUCCUGAUACAGAGAAACCGCCACAUAUUGUUGAACCCCUUAAGAGUCAGUCAAUCGAGGAGGGAAGCAAAGUAGUAUUUCGCUGCCGCAUUGAGGGCAAGCCAACUCCUACUGCACGUUGGAUGCGUGGAGAAAACAUCGUCAAGCCCUCGCGUUACUUCCAAAUGACACGUCAAGGUGAACACUAUCAGCUAGUCAUUUCGGAGGCUUUUCCUGAAGACGAAGGUACAUACAAAUGUGUAGCGGAAAACAAGUUAGGCAGCAUACAAACCAGCGCCCAGUUAAAAGUUCGGCCUAUCGAAAAUUUAGAUGCUCCACCAACUAUUACCGCCUUAAAAGACGUUUCCGUUACCGAAGGUAUGCCCGCUCAAUUUAAAACCACAGUAACUGGUAAAGUCAAACCGACCAGUGUUCAAUGGUUCCGUGAGGGUGCUCUCAUACCAGAAACUCCCGAUUUCCAGAUGAUAUUUGAUGGUAACACUGCGGUACUCUUAAUUGGGACAACUUAUGAAGAAGACUCCGGUGUAUUUACAGUGCGUGUAACUUCAUCUACCGGACAAGCUGAAUCGUCUGCCAAAUUGAUUGUAAAAAAGCGUCGCAUCUCUACUUAUCAAUUGCAAACUAUUGAUUCUGGUGAAGAUGAAAGUUCUUCAUCAAGCAGAGAAGAUAAUUUGCCAGAAUCCCCAGAACAACAGCCCUUACAACCACCGCAAUAUCAGCAAUACCCACAAAUAAAUGGCCAAGUACCGCAUAAGUCACGACCACGCACUAAAAAGUCUAAAAUUCGUAGUAAAUCGCUGCAACCUGAAUCAACGAUUCCCUGGCGUAAAUCAUCACGUCCCAGACGUGGGCGUUCACUUGACAAAUCACCUUUUCUACCAGGUUAUAAGCCUGCACCUGUCAAAUCCUGGACGGAAGAAACUGUUACUUUAAAACCAGCUCCUAUUGAAAAGAAAAUUAUACCAAAGUUAGAAGCCGCCAAAGUAGUAUUAAAGUCCAUUAAAAGUGAACGUGACCAAGGUUUGUUGAACAUUGGUUACACCUUAGAGAAGAUAAUCAAAGGUAAGACCCCGAAAGAAGCCAUACCGUGGAUAGAUAUGAGGGAAAAACUACGCCAUGUGGCCACUGUGCAGAAACAAUUAGAAAAAUUCGAAUUAGAUGAAGUUUAUUUGCAUCACAUUGAACGACCCAAAAUUUCUGAUCAAGAAAUGCCGCAACAUGGUGUACAGGAACAAGAAAUACGCGAUCAUGAAAUUCAGCGUUUGAAAAAAUUGGAAACGUCAGAAAUUAUGGAAAUGACAGAGCAGAUAGAAAAAUUAAUAGAAGAACAGCAAAAGAAGGGUGAUGCCAUACCAUGGAAGGAAAUGCGCCAGCAUUUGAAAAAAGUUGAACAUAUACAUAAAGAAAUUGAGAAAUUCAAAGUGGAAGAAGUUGAACUUCGUCAUUUAGUGACCGAGGAGAUUGUUACUCAGGAGACUACUACGGCCACUGAAGACACGGUCAUUAUGAAGGUGGAUGAUACUUCUAAGCAGUCGAUACAAAAAUUAAUGCGCCGAAAUGAGAGACAGAAGUAUGUUGAGGUGGAAGACAUUCAGAAGCAGCGCUACAUCACCACUGAAGACAUUAAUCUUCUCAGUGUAAGCGAGCGUGAAAGACUAGAAAGUCAACGACGCAUUAAAGAAGAACAGGCCCUUAACUGGCGUCAAGUUCGUCAACCUCAACAAUUAAUUCAAAUCGAAGAUACUCAAACGCUUCAUAGGCAAGAACGUGAAGAGACUCUACUUCGAACUCGGCCUCAACAUUAUGAAGAAAUACAAGAUAAGCUGGUUGAGUCUAUAUCACAAGCCCAACAAUCUGAAGAUUCGAAACCACUCCAGUGGGAGCGAGGCAGAAAACAACGUGUAUUAGAAGAACAACAGAAACCAAAGAUAAAAGAAAGAACCGAAGAAACCGUACUUAAAGAAGCCACCAAAACUACACAACGACGUAUUGUUUCUGAGCCCCGAUCAGAGGAAAAAAUGGAGCAAAUCACGCUUAAGCCCACUCCACGGCAGAAACCAAAGCCUGUAGAAAAAACGGAAAAGCCGCACUUAAAGCCACUAGCACGGACAAAACAACAAAUUCAAGAAGUCGACGAACCACUUAUUCGAACAUAUGAAGAAGCAGUCGACGUGUUAGAAGAAGAAAAACCUGCAGAAGAUUCUGAAUCACUUCAGCCAGUCGUAUGGGCGCGCGGUAAAAAGAAGUCCACUCAAAAACUACCGGAAAAGAUUGAAAGAAACUAUGAAGAAGUCACAGAUAUCUUACCAGAAGAAACCCAACCGCACCCAACUGAACAGCCUGAGCCUGUAUUAUGGAAACGGGGAAAGAAAAUACGGGAAUCUGUGCAAGAAAAGGAAGUUGGUCAAAUUUCGGAAGUAAGCAGCUUAGAAGACCAGAAAUUUGAUGAGGAAUUUAGGAAGCACGAAGUUAAGUCCCGAUUAAUACCAGAACCAAAACAAAAAAGAAUGGAAGAAGUUAAACUGAAACCUACACCACGUUUAAAAGCAAAGGAAGAGACAAAACCCGAAGAAGUUCAGUUGAAACCUAUUAAACGCAUUCCACCGCAAAAGACGGAAAUAGUUCAAGAAACGUUGCAAAAAACUUACAAAGAGGCUUCAGAUGUCUUACUCGAUGUUAGCAAAACUCAAGAACUAGAAGAACUUACACAGAUUGCUUUGGAAUAUGAAAUGAAAAAACCAAAGGAGGAAAAACUUGAUGAAGUUAGACUAAAACCCAUAACCCGUUCAAAGCCAAAAGAACAACUCCAACCUGAAAAAGUUCAGUUAAAGCCUGUUAAGCGUGUUCAACCAUCAAAAGCGGAAGAAACGCAAAAAGCACCGCAAAAAGAAUACGAAGAAGCUAUAGACGUUUUGCCGGAUGACAACAAAUAUCAGGAACGCGAAGAACUUAAGCCGAUUGCUUGGGAACGUGGAAAAAAGAAACCACAAAAAUUAUUAGAAGAAACUCCUGAAAAAGUGCAAACAGCCUAUGAAGAACAAAUCGAUGUUUCGCCGGAGGAGACUGAACCGCAAGAACCUGAGGAAUCCAAGCCGAAAGAAUGGAGACAUAGCAUUAAAACAGACAGAUUACCAGAUAAAGAAGAAGAGAAAGUUAUUGAAGAGCUUAGAGAGCAGAAAAAGAAAGUUCCACUGGAGCCAAAAGAAGAAAAAAUGGAGGAAGUUAAGCUUAAACAUAGACCGCGUUUAAAACCAAUGGAAGAACCUAAGGCGGAAGAAAUUCGACUGAAGCCCGUGAAGCGGGCUCAGCCGUCUAAAGCCGAAAAAGUUGAAGAGACUCCACGAAGAUUUUAUGAAGAGAAAACAGAUAUUUUGUCUGAAGAAAGUAAGCCACUAGAAUCCAAGGAGUUGCAGCCAGUACCUUGGGUUCGUGGCAAAAAGAAAUCACCACAUGACACAACUCCCAGAGAGGUUGAACAAGAUACAUUAAUUAAAGCUCAUGAAAAAAUUGAAGAUAUUCCACUGCGAAGAAGUAUUGAAGAAGAGGUUGAAGAAAUUACGGAAAAGAUACCACUUAAGACACCAAAAUCUGUACAUGUCCCUGAAGCACCCGUAGAAACUAUAGACGAAACUGACUCUGUUUCACCAGCAGUGCGAAGAAAACAAAUAGAGGAGGAGCCUGAACAAACAGUGCAUCCCAGGCGAACAAGAAAAAUUUUGCCUCAGGAGCCUGAAAAACGUGAACAAGUUGUAUUAAAGCCAAUUCCAAAGAAACCAAGGCAACAAAAAGCUCAAGAUGAAAUAUUAGAAGAGUCUACACUUAAGCCCAUACGAAAACCGGAAGAAUUAGCAGAACCUGAGCAAACUAAAGAAUCUGUUGUAGAAGAAAUAACCGAAGAAAUCACUACAAAACGUACUAGAAGAAAAAAACCAAAGAAAUCGACAGGCGAAGAGGAAGAAGAGGUAACUGAAGAAGUUCAACCACUAGAAGCAACGAUUAAGGAAGAAACAGUAGAUUUGGUAACAUCCAAACCAGAAAUUGUACAAAAGUCGUACCCAGAACCAAAAGACGAAAAACUGGAGGAUGUCAAAUUAAAACCUUUUAGAAAACAAAUAAAGCAAUUACCUCAAGAAGAAACAUUGGAGGAAAUACGUCUCAAACCGGUAAAACGUGUUACGUCAAAGCCUGAAGAACAAAAGUUGGAAGAAGUAUUAUUGCAGCAUGUUGAGAGACCAGAUCAAGAAAUUGUUGUUGAAGAGAGAGAUAAGAUUAAAAAGAUGAAGAAACCCGAACAUGAAGACUUACCAGAUAUAUCAGAUACUGAGCGAGUUAAAUUGGAAACAGCACAGCACAUAGAAACGGAAAAAGAAAUAACAGACGAACUGCAUAAGCCUCAGUUACCCUGGAAACGCGGUGAAAAGAAAAAACCGGAGGAAAAACCUGUUGAGGAAAAACAAUGGCCUAAAGGAAAACGUCGACCACUGCCUGAAGAACAACCAGUAGAGGUAAAGUUAAAACCAGUACCACCGAAGCGUAAAGAGGAAUCAAAGAAACCAGAUCAAAUUAUACAAGCGCCAAAAUUAAAGCCUAAAGAUGACAUAUCGGAAGAAGAAACCGAUUUCGAUGCUACGGCAAAACCAGAACCUAAAGAAGAGAUCCCUGGCAAAGCGAAAAAAGAAAAGAAGAAAAAGAAACCUAAAUUGCAAACUGCUUAUACUUCCGUAGAUGAUAUAUAUGAAGAGUUGGCGGAACCAUUCGCUGAACCAAUAGCCGAAGAAGAUCAAGUUGAAAAAACGCCGAUUGAGGAAGUGAAAGAAAUUGCUUUAGCAGAAGAAGUUCAACCAGAAGAAGAAGUUUUGGCUAGCGAACAACAGCCUACAAAUAAAGAAAAAGCACGCAAGAAACGCACUAAACGUUUGAAAGAAGUUUCAUUUGAGGAGCAGCCACAGCUUAUAGAGGCAGAAGAAGACAGUAUUGUGGAAGAAGAAUCUACACAAGAAAUUUCCCAGAAAACUUUGCAAUUGAAAAAACGUGAAGAAGUACGGCCUCAGUAUAUAACGACGGAGCAGCUCAUUGAAGUCGACGUUGAGGAAGUUAAGCGAAAUGUUGACAUGAAAAUUAGUUCACAUAUUGUCAAGAAAGAAAAGAGCCAUGUUGUAUUGGAUACCAGUGAACCAUUACCAGAGCUUGAGUUAAUUACACAGAAGCGUGUACAAGAAGUAAUGGAUAAAAUGGUCGAUGAGGAAGUUGAUUCACAAGGCGCAGUCAAACAAAAAGUAGAGGAAACCACGUUCCCUGAAAUCGUGGAACAAAAACACCGUCCAGUUGAGAAGAAGAAAAAGGAAAGUAAGCCACCACGCAUUACAGAAAAAUUAAGACCACGUAUGUGCGUGCCCGAUCAACCAAUAGUACUUGAAUGCAAAAUUGAAGGUUUACCUUUCCCCGAGAUUCGCUGGUACUUUAACGACAUACUCUUAUUUGCUUCGGAAAAAUAUGAAAUGACAGUGACAGAAAAUGUCGCUAAGCUGAAAAUUGCCAAAGUUACACCCAACGAAGUCGGUAUUUACACUUGCGAAGCCAAAAACGAGGGCGGAGCAGCCACUAGUCGAGCAAACGUAAUAUUGGAAAAAGAGAAAGGCCUAGCACCACAAUUUACAAAAUCACUGAAAAUACAGUAUACUGAAGAGGAGACCCCCAAACGCCUAAGAGUUACAGUGACAUGUCAGGUAAUAGGCAAGCCAACACCACAGAUUAAAUGGUACAAGGGCAUCGAAGAAGUCGUACCUAAUGAAAGCGUACAAAUGUUUUUUAAUGAAAAGACAGGUGAUGUCGCGUUAGAAAUUAUGAAUCCACAACGAAACGAAGCGGUAAUGUAUACAAUUCAGGCGCAAAAUGAAUUUGGCCGUGCUGUAGGCAAUGCAACCGUUGUAAAUAAGAUCGAGCAAAAACCUGUGGAAUUAUUAAAGGCACCCACGGUAACACCACUAAGUGCUAAAGUAGUGCCACAUGGCGCUACUCUGCUAUUCGAGGCCAAAUACGAUGGUUUGCCAAAACCGGAAAUUAGUUGGUUACGAAACGGUCGUCAAAUUCAAAUAAACGAAGACGUUACAAUUGAAACUACUGAAACUACGACCACAAUCAAAAUAAUUAAUAUGACACGUAAGCGUGCAGGUAAAUAUGAGGUUUGUGCUAUAAAUAAAAUAGGCGAAGCCAAAUCCUCCGGCUCAGUAGUAGUCAGUGAUCAAGCACCUGAUCAGGAGAUAAAAGCCCCACGCUUUAUUAAAGCCUUAGAGCCCAUGUUCUUUGAAGAAAAUACAGUAGCUAUUUUAGAAACUGUAGUUGAAUCCGAGCCAUUGUCCUCGUUUCAAUGGUUUUUACACACUGAACCGAUAAAAACCUGUACAGAUUUUCGUACAAUGAGCCAAGACAACAAAUCGACUUUAUUAAUAGAAAACUUUGAGAAAAAGUUUGUUGGAUCAUACACAUGCCGAGCGGAAAAUGUAGGAGGUUCAGUUACGACAACGGCCACGAUUAAUUUACUAGAAGAAGCUCCAGAGGAAGCGGCAUUGGAAUUUGAAUCUCCGCGUUUCAUUAAAGAACUAAUCGAACCAAUAGAAGUUAUGGACGGUGAACCAUUGCUAUUGACGUGCCAAGUAGUUGGAAAGCCGACACCAAAAAUACUGUGGUAUCAUAAUGAUGAGAAAAUUAUAGAGAACAAAGAAAUUAUUAUAAAACAAGAUGCUGACGGCGUUUGUCAACUGCACAUAACCGAGGUAUUCCCUGAAAAUGAUGGCGAGUACAGAUGUAUAGCGAGCAAUAAAAUUGGUGAAACAAUAACAAGAACAACUGUUAACAUACAAGCAUUUGAAUAUAUCCCCGAUUCUGAAAUCACAGUACUUAGUGCUUCGGAGGAAGAUCAAAUAGAUAAAACGAUCUCGAUUGACGAACAAGCACCGAAAUUCAUUAAAAAAUUACCAGAGAAAAUCGAACCCAAAGAGGGUGAAUUAGCGAAACUGGAAGUCAAAGUUAUUGGCAAGCCUAAACCGACAAUUAAAUGGUUACGCGACAAUGAGGAAAUAUUUCCUUCAGAGGAAUAUCAAAUAGAGAAUUUCGAAGAUGGCACAUCAGUGCUGAUUAUUAACCAUGUUUACCCUGAUGAUGUGGGCACAAUUAGUUUUGAGGCUUACAAUCCGUUAGGAGUAGCAGUGACUACUGCUUGGUUAGCAGUAGAAGAAGGUAUUGUUGGCUCGAAAGAUUAUCGCAAACCAGAAUGGGUGACACAUAUGGAAGAAAUGCAAAGGGCUUUAAAAGCUGCUAAGUGUUCGCCUUCAAUUAUUAAUGAAAUGCGCGAUUCUCGUGCUGCGCUAGGUGAAACGGCUAAAUUUAAGGUACAAUUUGCCGGCAAUCCCAAACCAGAUGUGCAAUGGUAUUUUAACAAUGUCCAACUUAGGGAAUCUAAUAAAUAUCAUAUGAUAGUUGAAGAAACUGAAGCUUUUCUGCAAAUAAUGAAUAUUAGCGCCGAAGACGUCGGUUAUUAUACUUGUAAAUUUAUUAAUGAGAUCGGUAUGACUUUAAGUCGUGCGAAAUUUGAUAUAUCAUCGACAUCUACUAAAGAAGUCGAUGCCACUACUACAGGACGCAAGCUUAAAGGCAAAAAGAAAACCAUUAAAAAACUUGCGCCCCCAAUAAUUGUAAGAGCUUAUUCAAGCUCUCGCGAAGGUAGCGUUCAGGAAGUUGAAACCGUUAGCACCACAGCCGUUGAGUUAGUACCAGCGGAAACAGUCGAAACGUCGAUGGAAAUUAUUAAAGUACGUAAACCGAUUUCAGUGCUAGUAGAGCAAAGUGGUGUUUCCGAAGUAAUGGAAGUUAAAGAUCGUAAAAUUGCUGACGCAGAAUUACUAAGCACACAACAAGAACACAUAAGCAUUGAAACGGUGAAGGAAAGCGAAGAGAUUAUUGAAAAAGAAGAAAGUACUAUCACGUCAAUUACCACCACUACCACUGUGGAAAUCAGCGAAACUAUACGCAGCCUUCGCACAAAGAUCUCUCAAAAAACCAUUACAGUCGAAGACAUGGUAGAAAUAAAGCAACAUAGUGAAAUCAAUAUGCUGUUAACGUCAAUGAAUUCAGCAUCAUUCGGCAGUAUCGGCGAGUCGGCUUUACGUGAUUUGGCUACUAUUGGUUUAUUGAUACGUUAUGGUUGCACUACGCUCGAAAUCAAUUUUAUGUAUGAGCAAAACAUUUUUAUUGCUUUGAAAAAGCCUGAAUCACAAGCUGCUCUCGUACAACUAGUGGAACGCGAAGGACAUGAAGAAUUAAUCACACAAAUCCUAAGCGAAUCGUCGAAUGAGGAUGAAGCCGUUUUGGCUGCCACUGUAGGUUUUAAGGCCUUCAUACGCAUGAUUGAAACUUGUGAGAUAACAAUAGAGACAGUUAUAAGAAAAUUUGUUCGAGAAGAUUUUAUUCUACAAGACUGGAAGAUAUCUGGAAAAGAGAAAACUAUAGAAACAACUCAUGUGUUUGAAAGCAGUGAAGCUGUAACACAUAUCAAAAUCGAGGAAACCAUCGUUGAAGAGCGUACUGUCAUAGUUCAAGAAGCUGCCGUUGAAUUGCUUUCUCGCUGAUUUGUUCUGUUAUCAUAUAAGCUUUGUUGCAGCUAUCGAUCGGCUAUGAUUUCGACUUAUUUUCUGCCUACACAUCCGUUGAACCUGCUAACCCACUAAAUAUAUUGCACAAAUUAUAAUAUAGUAACAAAUAUAUAUGUAUAUA